CUGUUAACCAACUACAGUUACCAGCACUGCCUGUAGCCGAAAACGAAUAAGAAGAAGAAGCGACAUUACUAGGCAUUUUUGAUUGGGAUUGGGAAAAACAAAAGAAAAGUCGGCUAUAUUUGUGACCCCAGUAAAUUGAGAGUUCCAUUACAAAAUGACCAACGCAACGGACAUCGCUGCUAACGACGUGGAGAUGGAGGUGGAUCCAACGGUGGAGACGCUGGCUGACGAGAAGAAGAACCAAGAUGUGGCCGCCGUGCAGGAGAUCCGCGAGCAGAUUCGUCAGAUUGAGAAGGGGGUAGCUUCGAAGGAGUCGCGCUUCAUCUUGCGCGUCCUUCGCAAUUUGCCCAACACUCGUCGCAAGCUGAACGGCGUCGUCUUCCGGAAUCUUGCCCAGAGUAUUUACCCCGCUGGUGCAGAUCGUGAGGCGGCCGUGGCUUUGAUGCCCGCUGUGGAGAAAGACGCCACCGAGCUGCCCGAUGUUCCCAAAAAACAAGUGGCCACCAAGGCUCCAAUCGCCGAGGUCGAUGCCUACUUCUACCUGCUCCUGCUGGUCAAGCUCAUCGACGCCAGUGAUUUAAAGCGCGCCGGAAUUAGCGCCGACGCCCUAAUGUCCAAAAUCUCCAUCCAAAACCGACGCACCCUUGAUUUAAUUGGUGCUAAAUCCUACUUCUAUUUUUCAAGAGUGGCGGAGCUAAAGAACUCACUGGAAGGCAUCCGCUCCUUCCUGCACGCUCGACUGCGCACCGCUACGCUGCGUAAUGAUUUUGAAGGCCAGGCGGUGCUGAUCAACUGUUUGCUCCGCAACUACUUGCACUAUGCUUUGUACGACCAAGCAGACAAGCUGGUAAAGAAAUCCGUCUACCCGGAAUCGGCCAGCAACAAUGAAUGGGCGCGUUUCCUGUACUAUCUCGGUCGCAUCAAGGCCGCCAAGCUGGAGUACAGUGAUGCCCAUAAGCAUUUGGUCCAGGCCCUGCGUAAGUCGCCGCAGCACGCUGCCAUCGGCUUCCGUCAGACGGUUCAAAAGCUAAUUAUCGUUGUGGAGCUGCUUUUGGGCAACAUCCCUGAGCGUGUGGUGUUCCGGCAAGCCGGUCUUCGCCAAUCUCUUGGUGCCUACUUCCAGCUCACGCAGGCCGUGCGUCUGGGCAACUUGAAGCGCUUCGGCGACGUGGUAUCCCAAUACGGACCCAAGUUCCAACUGGACCACACAUUCACCCUGAUUAUCCGGCUGCGCCACAAUGUGAUCAAGACGGCCAUCCGCUCCAUCGGACUAUCGUACUCACGCAUCUCGCCGCAAGACAUUGCCAAGCGGCUAAUGCUGGACUCCGCGGAGGAUGCCGAGUUUAUUGUAUCGAAGGCUAUACGGGACGGCGUGAUUGAGGCUACGCUGGACCCAGCCCAGAACUUCAUGCGCAGCAAGGAAAGUACGGACAUCUACAGCACCCGGGAACCGCAGCUGGCCUUCCACGAGCGCAUCUCGUUCUGCCUGAAUCUGCACAACCAGAGCGUUAAGGCCAUGCGCUAUCCCCCAAAGUCCUACGGUAAGGAUUUGGAGAGUGCCGAGGAGAGACGCGAGCGGGAGCAGCAGGACCUUGAGCUGGCCAAGGAGAUGGCCGAGGAUGAUGAGGAUGGUUUCUAAGCGGCUGAUUCUACAAAUUAAUUUGUGCUUGCAUUCAUUUUUAUAGAAAUAUAAUCCGCAAUUAAAUAAGUUACAAUAA